CUCCCGCGUCAACUUCACGAGGGGCUCUAACCGUCGAGCCUUUGCCUGAGUCUGUGCGUGCACACGCUGCCGGUUCAAACGUGUGCUGUUACCUCCCUCCAGUCCACACUUUACCCUUGUGCACCAUUUCCUCAAUGGGGGUCUUCAAGAAGCCCACAGAGAUCUAGACAAGAGAAAGAGAACAUCAUCAGUAGGAGCAUGCAAUGCAGUAAGUAUGGCAUCUACCUGUAAAUGUUUAAUGCAUGGGCCAUUGUUGUUCUUUGGGUCUCAGAGGUUGCUUUAGCUAUGAUGAUUCAUUGAAAUUCAUUGACGUCAGCAUGUGUUGCAUGUAAAAUUGGUCUCUUUUUCUUUUUCAAUCACCGUGAAGAGAGUAAAUGUCAUUAAUCAAUAUAUCUGAUGCACAAUUUACAUCAUCAAUCCAUUUAGCUUGCAUAGUCUGUCUUAACUAGCUAGUCCAUACAGGGGUUUCAAUACAUAAACUGAAAGAUCAGUACUUUUUACAACGGGAAGUAAUAAGAAGAGUAUGCACAUCUGCAAUGUAGGUGAUAGUGAGCUUAAUCUCGCACAGCUAUGCUCAGUCCUUGUCCCGCUUGAGCCUAAUGCAGUCAAGUCAGUUCCUGAAGAGCUCUGUGACAGACCCUGGGUUCACCAUUGACUUGAAUCAGAUUUUGAAGUUUGGAGCUUCAUGGGUGCAGAAUCUCAGUGUGGAAGAUUACAAAACCUCACCAGUAAAAAUCUGCAUCUUCAGUUAGGCAACAUACAACCUUAUUGCUGAUUUCUUUUAUGGGUGGACAAGUACAGCAUUAGAGAUCACAGAUAUUUCACUGUCCAGUAUUCAGUUCAUAGACAUUCAAAUGCACUGUAAUUAUACGAUUGUGGCAAAUUUCAUCUGGUUACACACUACAGCCCACAUUAAGUGACAUUCAGGAUUGAGUCUCAGUGAGAAUGACUACAAUCUGAUCAACUUCAUACCAGACUCUCGAAGCUGGUGUUCAAUGCAUAUUUGGGAAUCUUUUAAGACUGGUUAUUUGUUUGGUAUUCAGUACACAUAUCUGAAUAUUAAUCCAGAUGUUUGUGAAAUGGGGUGCACAUGAACUUUCUGUUACUUCCAGUUAACAGAAAUUCUUAUCUGUUCAUUUGUGAGAAAAGUUGCCGAAUCACUUGGAAUAAUGCAUUUUGUUUAAUGGAUUUUAUGCGAAAACCUCCUAAAAUGUGAUGUUCAUCUAAGUCAGAAUAGUUUUUAAACGCAAGAUUUCUUAUCAAGUAACGCGCACUGCAUUUUACAUCACCAAGAAAGAAAGGUCUUUGAUGUCAAAACAUGCAAGCCUCUAGGAUCGUGAACUCUGGAAAACAGUGUAAUAGGAGUCAGGCGUUCUGACCAGUUCAGUUGUGGAUUUAACCUUCCCUGCCAUAUUUAAACAAAAAAAAAAACAUGGAUUUGGUUACCUGAACAUCGCGACAGAAUUCUGUUCAAAUGCAACAUGGCCCGAUCAAAAGAACUUUCAGAGAAGCACAGAAGUGCUGAUAACUCGUAAAACAGUCCACCAGAUAGUUUACAAAUUGGAGCAUCAGCCCGGCACUAAUGAUCCUCUCCUUAGGAGGGGGCUUCCUACAAAGGCCAGUUCACAGGGUCACAAAAGUGAAGAAGACCCCAAGAGUCACGGCAAAAGAUCUGCAGGUGUCUUUUACACUUGAUAACAUCUGUGUUCAUGAGUCUACCAUAAGAGAAAUGCUGAAAAGGACGGGUGCUCGAAGUAGAUUACCACAGAAACCACUGCUCUCCUAAAGAUAAAAAAACAACCUGCCUGUCUGAAGGCCACCUAGAUGUUCUGUAGCUCUGCUGGAACAGUAUUCUGCACAGAGAUGAGGCAAAAGAUGAGCUUUUUCGGUAAAUGUACUCAGUGUUAGGUUUCGAGAAUGAAAAGCCCUGCACACCAGCAUCAAAAUCUCAUACCAACAGUAGAGCAAAGAGCACAGUACCGAUUAGAUGCUUUGCUGCAUUGGGGCUUGAAUGGCUUGCAGUCAUUAAGAAAUGAAUGCAUUCAAAGUAUCACGUAAUUCUACAGCCAAACUAUCACGGGCGUCUAUCUAACAUUCCGAAGAAGUUGGGUGAUGUAGCACGACAAGGCAUCGUGUUUUGAUUUUGGUGCAUCAACUGACCUCAGCAAAUAAUUAUUUAAAAAUGAACAGCGUUUCAUAUAAGCUUGUGUGGAAUUGAAAAGGGAAAGGAAUCCCAGGCUUAAUUUGUAACAGUGAUCCAUCAGGCUGUCUUCACAGCAGUCACCUGUAUCUCGAAUAUUUAGAGCGAACUUCCUUCUGCCCACAGACUUACAGGGAGAUAACGAGCAUGGUUGGAAAUACGUUGGUGCGUCAGAGCAGUAGUUUCGGACACCUUCCAGUCCCGUUAUGACUGAAACGGAGACUGUCCCACGUUCAAAGAUCCAGCACAGCUCCUACUCUGAAAGCCGAUGAAUCCAAUAUCUUCCGCGAUGCUGGCGAUUUGAGUUGGCAGACCUUAGCAUGAAAUACCGUAAAGUGGUACAGGGAUAAAGAAAAAGCAUCGGAUCGUUAUGGGAAGCCAUCCCAGCAAAGUAAGACGGAGGUCCAACGUGGGGUCCUCUCUACUGAAUCAGGAAGGAGCCAUGGAACCUGUUAUACUAGAAAAUAACAGAUAUGUUGUGAUAUCUUUAUACAACUAUCCAACUGAGGGCCAAUCAGACUGCAGUAUCCGGGUUGGAGAGAGGCUCAAUGUCCUAUCAAACGAAGGCGAUUGGUGGAAGGUGAGCUCCUCAGCAACGGGCAGGGAAAGCUACAUCCCCUGCAGUUAUAUCGCCAAGGUGUUCCACAGGUGGCACUUUGAAGGCAUCAGCAGAGAGAAAGCAGAGGAGCUACUACUGCAGCCUUACAACCAGAUCGGCUCAUUCAUGAUCCGGGACAGUCAAACUCACAGCGGGGCCUACUCCCUGUCCAUCAGACGGAGCGCCGCGUCCAUCCGGGGGGCCGUGAAACACUACCGCAUUAAUCAGCUACCGAACGGCUGGUUCCACAUCUCACCCAGCCUCACGUUCUCCUCGCUUUCCCACCUGGUGGAUCACUACUCCGAGGUGGCAGAUGGGCUCUGCUGUAUGUUAAGGGAGCCGUGUUUCAUCCAAGGCUCCAACAAUGUCCCUGUCAUGACUGGGCCCCAACCCAUGACCGUCAGAAAGCCCACCAUCAACUGGAAAGACGUGGAUAGCUCCAUGAUCUUCAGCAAAGACGCAGAGACAAAGGAGGAGUCUCCAGUCAGCGAAGGGCUACGUGAGGCCAUUACGUCGUACCUUUACAUGACGGAGGGAUUUAACUGCGAAGACUGCAUUUCGGACUGGAAGACCUGAUUUCACAACUGAGUAAUAAUCAAGAAAAUUAAAAGACAUUGAUAGGGACAGAAAAGUUACUGAAAUGGAGAUUGUCCCACGUUCAGAAACCCAGCAAACGUCCAGCACUCUCCUUCUGAGUGGAGCUGUUUCCUCGCUCCCAUGACUGAGAAGUACCUCAAUCACAGAUGUCAGGUGUUCAAGCUUGCAAGUCUGAGAGACUGAACAUUCUGGGAAGUUUCUUUAGAAAACAUGUGAUGGAAGGAGAAGGUGGGAGUCACCGAUGGAACAUUCCAUUACCUUCUCAGCUACAAAGACUUAGAUGUUGUACGCCAACAAAAUUGUGAACUCCUUUGUGUUCUUCCUUUGCUCUUGCCCAUGUCUUAUACUGACCCAUUCGUACUCUACCAUCCUCCUGAUGGGUAUCCACACCCAGGCCUGCCAUGAUUAAUUCAUGCUGAGCCCCGGACAUCUUCCCCAACUGUCCCCCCUGAGACGGUGGGCCUGCCGACACUCUCCCUGUUCUGCCCCAGAGGCCAAAUUUAUGCAAGGGACAGUUUUUGUUUUCUGAAAUCUUGACCCUUGCAGUUUAGACACCACAGACAUCUGGUGCAUAUCCAGAUUUCUAUAAAGUACAAAUUGGCUCGUAUUAUAUUACUAUUUUUAUGAUAUUUGUAUUAAAUAAAUUAUUUUUAUUGUUGUAAUACUAACUGCUGCCCUUGCACAUGUAAGUUGUCAUUUGCUCAGCAAAUGAAUUAAAACAUGAUUUAUACUUCAUCAUAAAAUCAGCAGCCUUUGGAAUAGUUUUUUGUUAUAUGCAUACACAAGACAUUAAAUUUACAGAUACUCCAGCAUCAACCAUUUAAAGAAGUCAUUAAUAUAAAAAAAGAAAAAAAAGCAUCUGACGGAAUAAUCUCCAACAUAGUAAGUCAAGAAAAACAAGAGAAAGAAUUGUUGAAUUUAGUAUGGAUUCCCACAGGAUAGCACAUUCCCAUUGACUGAACGUGCCAGUGAUCUCUUUCCACACUGAAUCCCAAAUUACAGACUUUACUCUGUAUAACAAGUCAAAAUAUAAAACAAUAAACAACAAUAUAAAAAAGAAAAAAAAUGUGUUUUCAUGGCAACAACAGAUACACAGUCCGCAAGUACCAACCAUCCAUUUCCUGUUCUGUCAUCUAUAGACGUUACAGCCUCACUGAGAACAGGAAAUGGUCAAAGUGCUAUUCGGUGCAGCAC